AUGGAAUUUGCCAACCCCCAGUCCAGCCCACCUCCCAUCUCCCCAGCCAACCCCCAGUCCAGCCCACCUCCCAUCUCCCUAGCCAACCCCCAGUCCACCCCACCUCCCAUCUCCCUAGCCAACCCCCAGUCCAGCCCACCUCCCAUCUCCCUAGCCAACCCCCAGUCCACCCCACCUCCCAUCUCCCUAGCCAACCCCCAGUCCAGCCCACCUCCCAUCUCCCUAGCCAACCCCCAGUCCAGCCCACCUCCCAUCUCCCUAGCCAACCCCCAGUCCACCCCACCUCCCAUCUCCCUAGCCAACCCCCAGUCCAGCCCACCUCCCAUCUCCCUAGCCAACCCCCAGUCCACCCCACCUCCCAUCUCCCUAGCCAACCCCCAGUCCAGCCCACCUCCCAUCUCCCUAGCCAACCCCCAGUCCAGCCCACCUCCCAUCUCCCUAGCCAACCCCCAGUCCACCCCACCUCCCAUCUCCCUAGCCAACCCCCAGUCCAGCCCACCUCCCAUCUCCCCAGCCAACCCCCAGUCCAGCCCACCUCCCAUCUCCCCAGCCAACCCCCAGUCCAGCCCACCUCCCAUCUCCCCAGCCAACCCCCAGUCCAGCCCACCUCCCAUCUCCCUAGCCAACCCCCUGUCCACCCCACCUCCCAUCUCCCUAGCCAACCCCCAGUCCAGCCCACCUCCCAUCUCUCUAGCCAACCCCCAGUCCACCCCACCUCCCAUCUCCCUAGCCAACCCCCAGUCCAGCCCACCUCCCAUCUCCCCAGCCAACCCCCAGUCCAGCCCACCUCCCAUCUCCCCAGUCAACCCCCAGUCCAGCCCACCUCCCAUCUCCCUAGCCAACCCCCAGUCCACCCCACCUCCCAUCUCCCUAGCCAACCCCCAGUCCAGCCCACCUCCCAUCUCCCUAGCCAACCCCCAGUCCACCCCACCUCCCAUCUCCCUAGCCAACCCCCAGUCCAGCCUACCUCCCAUCUCCCUAGCCAACCCCCAGUCCACCCCACCUCCCAUCUCCCUAGCCAACCCCCAGUCCAGCCCACCUCCCAUCUCCCCAGCCAACCCCCAGUCCAGCCCACCUCCCAUCUCCCUAGCCAACCCCCAGUCCACCCCACCUCCCAUCUCCCUAGCCAACCCCCAGUCCAGCCCACCUCCCAUCUCCCCAGUCAACCUCCAGUCCAGCCCACCUCCCAUCUCCCUAGCCAACCCCCAGUCCAGCCCACCUCCCAUCUCCCUAGCCAACCCCCAGUCCACCCCACCUCCCAUCUCCCUAGCCAACCCCACCAACCCCCAGUCCAGCCCACCUCCCAUCUCCCCAGUCAACCCCCAGUCCAGCCCACCUCCCAUCUCCCUAGCCAACCCCCAGUCCAGCCCACCUCCCAUCUCCCCAGCCAACCCCCAGUCCAGCCCACCUCCCAUCUCCCCAGUCAACCCCCAGUCCAGCCCACCUCCCCAGCCCACCCCCAGUCCAGCCCACCCCACCUCCCAUCUCCCCAUCCAGCCCACCCCACCCCCCAUCUCCCCAGCCAACCCCCAGUCCAGCCCACCUCCCAUCUCCCCAGCCAACCCCCAGUCCAGCCCACCUCCCAUCUCCCUAGCCAACCCCCAGUCCAGCCCACCUCCCAUCUCCCCAGCCAACCCCCAGUCCAGCCCACCUCCCAUCUCCCCAGUCAACCCCCAGUCCAGCCCACCUCCCAUCUCCCUAGCCAACCCCCAGUCCACCCCAUCUCCCAUCUCCCCAGUCAACCUCCAGUCCAGCCCACCUCCCAUCUCCCCAGCCCACCCCCA